UGAAUUUCUCGAAUUCAGUUUUUCUUGAUUUCCUCGUUUUCAUUGGUUGCUAUGGAUCCUACUCGUUAUAGACCCAGGGAAACCUUUGACUCACCCUAUCUUACUACAAACAAUGGAGCUCCAGUGUAUAAUAACCAGGAGUCGCUGACAGUGGGUCCCAGAGGUCCUGUUCUUUUGGAAGACUAUCAUUUCAUCGAGAAGUUGGCACAAUUUGACCGUGAAAGGAUUCCAGAAAGAGUUGUUCACGCACGAGGGAUAGUAUCCAAAGGAUACUUUGAAGUGACGGAUGAUAUUACUGACCUCACCUGUGCGGACUUGUUCCGUGCAGUUGGGGUGAGGACUCCAGUGGCUGUUCGUUUCUCUACUGUUACUCACUCAAGACACUCCCCAGAGACUCUAAGAGACCCAAGAGGCUUUGCCACUAAAUUUUACACUAGAGAAGGAAACUGGGACCUUGUUGGGAACAAUUUCCCUGUGUUCUUUAUCAGAGACGGCAUAAAGUUCCCAGACCUUAUUCAUGCUUUCAAACCCAAUCCUCGCACUGAAAGACAAGAAUGGUGGCGUAUUUUUGACUUCCUCUCUCACCAUCCGGAGUCUUGUCAUGUGCUAACAUUUCACCUGGAUGAUGUUGGAAUCCCUAAAAAUUAUCGAACUAUGAUAGGCUCUGGUGUCAAUACAUUUAGGUUGAUCAAUAAAGAAGGGAAAGACACAUAUGUGAAGUUCCAUUGGGUACCUAAGCUUGGGGAACAAAGCUUACUUGAUGAUGAAGCAGAAAUAGUAGGAGGAAAGGACUUUUCACAUGCAACACAUGAUUUGAUAGAAUCCAUAGAUGCUGGUGAUUAUCCCGAAUAUACGUUGUGUAUUCAGACUAUGGAUCCAGCUGCAGAAAAUGACUAUGAUUUCGAUCCUUUAGAUGAUACUAAGAUUUGGCCUGAAGAUAUGUUUCCAAAGAGACCUGUCGGUCGUCUUAUCUUGAAUAAGAAUGUGGAUAACUUUUUCUUAGAGAGUGAACAGAUUGCUUUCUGUCCAGGAGUAAUGGUGCCUGGUAUAUAUGCUUCCGAUGACAAGAUGCUGCAGACUCGUAUGUUCUCAUAUUCAGAUACUCAAAGACAUCGUUUAGGACCCAACUAUUUGAUGCUUCCUAUCAACUCACCCAAGUGUUCCUAUCAUAAUAAUCAUCAUGAUGGCUUUAUGAACUUUAUGCACAGGCAAAGUGAGAUUAACUAUCUUCCUUCAACCUAUGAUCGUGUGAAGACUGUUGCAAACUAUCACUUUCCAAAAGCGACAAUCUCAGGUUCUCGUACGAAGGGUUGUAUUCUGAAGGAAAAUAACUUUAAACAACCUGGCGACCGGUUCCGUUCGUGGGAUCCUGCCAGACAGGAGAGGUUUAUUAAGCGUGUUGCUGAACGCUUAAAUGAGAGGAAGUGUAGCCCAGAAGUUCGUAGCAUUUGGUUAAACUACUGGUCGCAAUGUGAUGCAAAUCUUGGAAGUAGAUUAGCUCAGCUAGUGAAGACUAGUUCUUUGUAGUUGUGUUGCUGAACGAACAGUAGAAAGGAUCGUUGAUCUUCGAAAUAAAAUUUGCAUGAAUGCAUUGAUGAUUUGUUACAUAAA